AUGGAGGUAGAUAUUUUCCUGUACCAGGGUACCCGUGCAGUCCAGAAGACUCCUUGGCGACAUAAAAUGAUAUGUCGAAUAAAUCCAGUUGGUACAACCAAAUGGUUAACAUCCGAGACAUUCAAACGUAAGGUCGAAGAAUCCAAGAUUCCACUCUUGACACCUAAGUCUCAACGAGAGGCUGGGGCGACACACGCACCUACAGUAUGCAUUACCGAUGUACAAUCUAAUCCUAAAGAUGCAAAGAGGAACUCAUCACUAGCGAAGGCAUUCUGUAAAAAGAUACGUUCUGACAGAGAAACUGCAUACGAGGCCGAGGCCGAGACCAAGCUACUCAAACAGUUGAUGAACGAUUUUCCAGAUGUAUACGACCUUGUAACUCAACUAAUGGACAAAGAGAACAUUAGUAGAAUUCACACGGCCGACCUUUCAGGCGAGACUGGACGAGACGAGUCUUCGAGUCCAGGUGAUAUGUAG